CGUUACUUUUUGAGUGAAUGAAUGAGUGAGGCAAAGCACAAAACCCACAACCAGAACCUUCUCUUUCUUCUUCUUCUUCUUCUUCUGUGUUCAGCUACCACUAUCUAUAUAUGAACAUGAAUCUAUCUAAACUCCAACACAGUAACUGAAAACUUUCCCUGAAACAGCACAUAAUAUCUUGCUGCCAGUGUGCACUGCUUCCACAUUCAGUGUUAAAAGCCUAAUUCCAUAUUCACCACUCACUUGUUCAUUCUACAUUUAGUGUCAAAAAGCCUUUUGGAUUACCAUACCCAUUUGGUGAAAGACCCCAUCUUUGGUUGAAAGAAUGGGAAGUAGCAAACCCAGAUCCUUCAUUCUCCUUCUAUUUGUGUUCCUUUGUGUUUUUGCAACGGCACAAGAACAACAGCAACCAAUAAAAACCGUUGUUGUUCUGGUCAUGGAGAACCGUUCCUUUGACCACAUGCUGGGUUGGAUGAAAGAGAGUAUCAACACACUAAUCAAUGGGGUCACAGGAGAUGAAUGCAACCCGGUUUCCACCAAAAGUCCAAGAAAAGAUUCAAUUUGCUUCACUGAUGAUGCAGAGUUCGUGGAUCCGGAUCCGGGCCACUCGUUCGAGGAUGUGUUGCAACAGGUAUUCGGUUCCAGUUCCGGUUCCGGUUCAAUUCCUUCCAUGAAUGGAUUUGUGGAACAAGCAUUGUCCAUGUCUUCUCCGAACCUCUCUGAGACUGUCAUGAAAGGGUUUAAACCGGACUCUGUGCCGGUUUAUGCUGCUUUGGUUAAGGAAUUUGCUGUUUUUGAUAGGUGGUUUUCUUCAAUUCCGGGUCCAACACAACCCAAUAGGCUUUUUGUGUACUCAGCAACCUCUCAUGGCUCAACAAGUCAUAUCAAGAGGCAGUUAGCGAAAGGGUAUCCUCAAAAAACAAUCUUUGAUUCAAUGCAUGAGAAUGGCCUAGACUUUGGGAUUUACUUUCAGAACAUACCAACAACUCUGUUCUAUAGGAAUCUUAGGAAAUUGAAGUACAUAUGGAAGUUCCAUCAGUAUGAUUUGAAGUUCAAGAGGGAUGCUAGAGAUGGGAAGCUUCCACCCUUGACUGUGAUUGAGCCUAGGUACUUUGAUUUGAAGGGCAUACCGGCAAACGAUGAUCACCCGUCUCAUGAUGUUGCACAUGGGCAAAUGCUGGUUAAGGAGGUUUAUGAGGCUCUAAGAGCAAGUCCUCAAUGGAAUGAAACGCUUUUUGUCAUUACAUAUGAUGAACAUGGUGGAUUUUUUGAUCAUGUGAAGACCCCUUUUGUCAACAUUCCUAAUCCAGAUGGGAACACCGGACCUGCUCCCUAUUUCUUCAAGUUUGAUAGGUUAGGGGUUCGGGUGCCAACUAUUAUGGUCUCUCCUUGGAUCAAGAAAGGGACUGUGAUAAGUGGCGCCAAAGGACCGGCUGAAAACUCAGAAUUUGAGCACUCUUCUAUUCCUGCAACCAUAAAGAUGAUUUUCAACCUUUCCUCUAACUUUCUGACUCACAGAGAUGCAUGGGCUGGGACAUUUGAGCAUGUUGUUGGGGAGUUAAGUUCACCCAGAACAGAUUGCCCAGUGACUAUGCCAGACGUGACACCUCUAAGGAGCACUGAAGCAAAAGAAAAUGCUGGCCUUUCUGAGUUUCAGAGAGAGGUAGUUCAAUUGGCAGCUGUUCUUAAUGGGGACCAUUUUUUGAGCAGUUUCCCUGAUGAAAUGAGCAAGAAGAUGAGUGUGAAGGAAGCUCACGAGUACGUGCGAGGAGCUGUUUCAAGAUUCAUAAGAGCCAGCAAGGAGGCCAUCAAGCUAGGGGCUGAUGAGUCUGCUAUUGUGGAUAUGAGAUCCUCUCUCACUACUAGAUCUUCAGUUCAUAAUUAAUACAAAACAAAACUCAUAAACAGACAAGAGCAAAGAAAGUUGUGUGCCUAUCUCUGUAUCUAACUAUUAUAGUUUUUAGGUUAUCUGAUCAUUCUUGUGCUAGAUUUUGUUAGGUUUGUGAAAGUGAAAUGCAGUAGAAUGGCGUGUUUGAUAGAAGGCCGUGCAAGGACGGGAGGUUUCUCAAGGUCUCUGUUUGAAAGAAUAUAAGGAAAUUAAAAAAAAAAAAAAAGAGAGAAUGAUGUUUGGCUAGUGAGUAAUUUCGAAAUGGAAAACUCCAAUGCUGUUGUACAAAGUACAAACACAUUAUAAAUGCAGCUCCAUAAUUUUGUUUUGAAUUGCUUGUAUUCUUAUUUGAAUUUCUUGAAUGAAACUGAAUCGAGUUUGCUACA